ACAGUUGAACGCGGUCGGCCCGUACGUUCACGUCGCAGUGUUGAUACAUCUCCAUGCCAGUCAGAGGUCGGACUUUUUCGGAAAAGACAAAACCAUGAGGGCUAAAGUGUGCGUGUGAUAUACGGUCGAAAGGUGUUUCUUAGCGCAGCGCAAAUGGAUCAGCCAGAGGUGGAGCUGGGGCAGAUUGCCACAUGGUUAAGUGAGCAGGGACUUUCUCCUGGCUCCCCUGAGAAGGCUCAACUCUGUUUGCUGUGGCGUGCCCACCAGCACACAAGAAGCCGUCUAAGCAGUGUGACAAGGGACCUGGACAUCCAGCGAUCACAACACGUAGCAGAGAUGGCAGAGGUACGCAAGUCCUUGGAGCAGAUCCGUAUCUUUACCAAGCACAAAGAUGCUUUGGCGCAGCAGAUACAAGAUGAAAAUGAUCAUCUCAAGGACCAGCUGCAGCGCCUAAUAUCCCGUCAAGAUGCCCAGAUAAGUGAGGUGGCUAAAAUGCUGUACCAGCAAGGUCUCACAGAACUGAUUCACAGCAGCCCUAGUGAGCAGGUGGCAUACCUGCUGGUGGAGAGGGCCUCCCUGCUUGAGAUGAGUAGGGAUCCUGACAACCUGACAAGUGAUGCAAACACAAUGAGCACACUGGGGACAGAGACACAGGUGUCCAACCAUCAUGCACAGCAGUCUCCCCACAAGGGGGCACCACGUCAUGGCCUGAGUCCAUGGAAGAGACUCCUGGGACUCCACAGAGCUUCCCAGAGUAAACAUGUUUUUAUACCUGCUGGGCCUAGGCAUUUGACUAGUGAGGCAAGCAGUGUGGAGAGGCAGUGUUCCCGUCUGGAGUGGGAUCUGGAGGAGGGUUCCCGCCGACUGGCCAUGGCCCACAACGAGAUCCGUCGCUUGACUGAUGAGCUGGAGUCCGCUCACUUGACCCGAAGAGCUUACGAGCCUGAGCUGCAGGCAGCACAGCAGGAGGUGAAGCAGCUUAGACAGGAAGUAGAAAAACUGAAUAACUAUGAAAUGGUGGAACUGCGAAAGGCCAAAGAUCUGAAUAAUCGUCUGGAUCUGGAGAUCAGAGCCUUGAGGAGCAGGGUGCGCUCCCUGGAUGCUGGGAAAAGCUCAUUACAGCAGAUGGUUUUGUCUCUGCAGGAGGAGAAGGAGCGACUGGAGGCAGCCUUACAGCAUCAGACUGAGCAGCAGCUGCUGGCUGAACAGGUUCAACCAGACCAGGCCAUGGAGCUGGCUAAAGUUGCAUCUCUGCAGAAGGAGGUGGAACGGCUGCAGUCAGCCCUGCAAGAGCAGCAGCAGCAGCUCCUGACUGUGCAGGUUCAGGCUAACCAAGCUAAUGAACUAGCUAAAUUCCAGGAAACUGAACUGAAUCAGAGAUACGAUAUAUGCAGGGAUUUACAAAAUAAGCUCAGUGCUCAGACAAAAUGCCUUUUGGAGAAGGAGUCAGAAAUACAUUCCCUUAAGCAGGACAACACCCUCAAAGAUCUCGGUAACCUUACAGCAAACAUCUACACCAAAGAAAACAUUGAGGAUCAAAGCACGCCCUGGCAGGUGGAAGACUCCUUUACAACAGAGGAUAAGGAGCUACACACACAGCUAUACAAGAAAAUCACACUGAAUAAGGAGUGUCCUGAUUAUCAAGAAACAGUCAGGACUCUGUUGACCACCCAAGAGGAGUGUGAGUCACUUAAGGAGGAGAUCUGUGAAACCCUAAAAUGCAUUGACAAAGAGCGGAGUAAAUACCAUGAGACGAAGGAAAAACACAAGGCCAAACUGUGUCGAGCAAAACAGAAAUUUGAUGAUGAAACCACACAGCGUGAUGAGAAGAUUAAAAGUCUAGAGCGAGAACUGUCCUUGUGUUCCCAUUCCUUAGCAAAGGAGAAAGAGCUUGUGAUAAGUAUAACUAGGGAAAAUGAUAAACUACUUGUUGAGAGGAGAAGGUUACUGCAGCAGCUCAGCGAGGAAGAGCACAACAAGGAAGAGAGUCAUCUAACAGCUUCUUUGUCCAAAUGCAGGGUGGAUUUUCUGGAGAUGGAAAACAAGAAACUGGUGAACAAAACACUCCACAUGUCCAAUCAGCUGGCCGUCCUAGAUCGAACUCUGCAGAACAUGCAGUCACUUCACUUUGCUGAGGAACUGAAGAAAAUAUAUCCUCAGCGGCCCUCUGCAUCUCCAUCUGUGCAAACUUCAAGUGUGAUGGUGACUGAGCCUUCUAAAAUUCAGACUUUACUGGAUGAUACUGAAAGUGAUCACACCAAGCAGACGGUCAUGACUUUGUCCCCUCGCUGUUUAAUCUCUGUGGCUCUGUCUCGGUCAGCAGAAAUGGGCUACCUGAACCUGACCUCCACUCAGAACUGCUCAGACACCUCAGGUGCCCUCAACAGCUCAGAAAGUGUGUGAAGUUUUAUGUAUAUCUGCAACAUUAGAUUUAUGUAAUAUUGUAC